CCGAUAAAACCGUAUCGUUAUGCGGUCCCGAGGAUUUUAAUUGGUCUAGACCAUGCGGACUUAGGAAUACCUAUGCAGAAAGAAGCUUCGGAGCAGGAGGACCUUAUGCAGCCGCUACCAAACUGGGAUGAGUGGUUGUUGGGCCUGUAAGAAGUCAGAUGAGUUCACCAAUCCAGAGAUCAUGCCUCCUAGCCGUCCCCCAGUAUGAUCAUCUCGAGAAGAUGAUCAGCGACUAUUUCGAAAUAGAGAAUUUUGGAGUGAAGCCGGCGCCACCAGUCGCAGCUAGUGGCGAUGCACUGGCUUUGGGAAUCCUGGACGAGACGACUAGGCGAGUGGGCCAACGAUACCAAACUGGAUUGCUGUGGAAAGAUGAUAACGUGAGCCUGCCAGACAGUUAUAACAUAGCACUCAAGAAACUUGUCAACAUUGAAAGGAAGAUGAGACGGGAUGACAACUUUGCGCGGGUUUACAACUCGAUCAUGGAGGACUACGUCAACAAGGGUUAUGCACGACGGAAAGAUCCGUCUAGUCUUCGAUGCCGCAGCAAAGGUGCUGACACAGCCACAGGAUAGAUGCGCCCAGAGAUUCCAGUGGAGGAAUGGAUAUGACCGGCGAGAUCCAGAUCUGUACGAAAUGGUGGUGAUGACGUUCGGAGCCGCUUGUUCGCCGUGCUCAGCGCAUGACGUGAAGACCAUAAAUGCUUCAAGAUACGCCCAAGCAGAUCCUUGCGCGGUGCAGGCCAUCAGUGAGUAUCACUAUGUAGAUGACUACGUGGAUAGCUUCUCGGACGAGAAUGAAGCUAUCGCUGUAUCAGCACGAGUAAGGAAAAUUCAUGCUGAGGCUGGAUUCGACUUGUGCCGUUUCUCUUCUGAGAUUUGGCGGAGAGGAGUUCAGUGGGACUAUGAUGAAGACGAUGACGAUCCCACGCCUGGAGCUUCAAGCAGCUGUAUGAGGAACCAGACUGACGGACACCGUAAGACGAGAGCUCGACGUAUCGAUCAGCAGACGCGUGCUAUGGACUGACUCUAAGACCGUGCUGCACUGGAUAAGCACCACCCACCGGCGGUAUAAGCAGUUCGUUAGAAACCGGGUGGUGGAGAUCUUAGAGUCAACGGAGGUGUCUCAAUGGAGGUGGAUACCGUCUGCCGAAAACGUGACAAAUGACGCGAAGAGGCCACAACGCUAUAUGGACCUUAGCCAAGGGGCGAGGUGGAUAAGCGGGCCAUCGUUUAUGCGGGAGUCAGAAGAAUGGUGGCCCAAGCCUUCUCCAAGCGAUCGCGAUAGUCCACACUUCGCAGAAGAAGAGAUGCCGAGUGAGUUUGCAGUGGUAAUUGAAAACAAGUUUAUAUCUUUGCAGAAAUUUUCGAAUUAUAAUCGAUUGGUCAGGACCACAGCGUGGAUCCUCAGGUUCAUACGACGGUGCCGUGGAUUAUGGGACGAGUGUGAGGCCUACGGUCUUACAGCUACUGAGUGUGCGGAGGCAGAACGGAAACUGAUCCAGCGCGCCCAGGCUGAUACAUUUGCAAAUGAAGUUCAAGAAAAGGCAGUGGCGAAAGGCAGUCAGUUACGAGAACUCUCGCCUUACAUCGACCACGAUGAAAUCAUACGAGCGUGUGGACGGAUUGAUGCCUCCGAAUGGGUGCCAUUCAGCGCACGGCGCCCGAUCAUACUGUCGCACAAACACGCGCUGGCGGAGAUUAUUGUUCGUCACUACCAAGGAAAGAUGAAGCACCAGAAUCUAAACGCGACCAUAAGCGAGAUCCGGACAGGGUUCUGGAUAAACAAUUUAAGGAGAGUUUUGCGGAGAAUUAUGGCAAGCUGAAAUUUAACAUAUGCAAACUCCGGAGAGUUCGACCAAUACCGCCGUUGAUGGGUCCGUUGCCAGAGGACUGACUGGCUGGAACCGAACGGAUGGCCAUUCAAGUAUACCGGCUUGGACUACUUUGGUCCGUGACGUUUGGACAUCGCACUGAGAAGAGGUGGGUCGCACUUUACUUGUCUAACCACCAGGGCUGUCCACUUGGAGAUAGCCCACGAUUUGUCAACAGAUUCCUGCAUCAUCGCUAUGAGGAAUUUCAUGUGCUGCCGUGGACCGUUGGUCAGAUUGAGGAGCGACAAUUAAAAGAACUUUAUUGGAGCAAAUCGUGAGGCCAGAAAGUUCGAUGAUGUCUUCGAACCAGAAAAGAUCCAGGAUGAGCUGUCUUCCAAGGGAAUCGAAUGGAUCUUCAACUGUCCCGUGAACGCAGCUGCCGGAGGCAUCUGGGAAAAGAUGGUCAAAUGUGUCAAGAAGGUGCUAGCGUACACUGUGGAGGAGGUGGCUCCUAAGGAACACGUACUGGAGAGCUUUCUUAUUGAGGCGGAAAAUAUUGUUAAUUCUCGUCCGCUUACCCAUCUACCAGUUACGAUGAAUCAGGAGGCACCGCUAACGCCAAACGAUUUGCUAGGAGGAGUAGCUAAUGUUCCGGAUGAUGAGAGAUCGUUUCUGGAAACGUUGGGUACACGAGUAUCUACCAACGCUUCUGCGCAGAGAGAAAUGGUGCGAGCAUGUCGAGCCUAUGCGCCCAGGGAAUCUUGUGUCGUGGAGGAAGUGUAGCCAGGAGCGGAUGGAGUACCACUACGAGGGACGGUGCGCAUUACCAAUGGCGAUCGAGCUAAGUUAAUAAUGCGUCCCAUCUCCAGGAUGGCUAUUCUGGAUGUGCUGAAUGCAGUUGCUUCACCGGGGGGGGGGGGAUGUCGUAGAACGGAUUAACAUAACGCUCAAGAUUUAGUGAAUUAACGGUAGCGCCACAUAUUUCAGUAUUUGUUAUCGAUGCUGUAACUUGUUAGAGAGAUUAUGUUGUUAAGCUAAGUGCGGUCACACGAAAUGGUGAAUUGCAAGCCAAAUAUUCCGCUCAGAUUUAUUCCGAUUGGAGAGAUCAAAGAGACUGGGAGGCAAGA